AUGACGGUAUGCUGUCGCCCUAUUCCACAUCUGAAUCGGGGUCCCUUCUCUGACAGCUCUCCCUCCAAGCUCAACGAGCUGGUGGAGACCAUCGAAUCUGUCAUUCGAUCGCGGCUUCUCGCCGAGGGCCCAUCCUCUAUAUCGCUUGUUACUUUCGGAAAGCCGUCUGAUAUUGAGCAUGUUCCGCUGGACAAGGCCAGGCUGUACGUCGACUCUUACUUCCGCCAACUGCACCCGAUCUACCCUUUCCUCGAUCGCAAAGACUUCGAGGAUAAGGUAUUUGGGCCCAAUCGGUCUGAACUUCUGAGUUCCAGCUGUGCGUUCUCGGCUCUAUAUCACGCUGUCCUGGCUCUGGGAUGCCAGUACCAUGAAGGCGGAGCGUUUGACCCAGGGAAUGGCAGGGCAUGGAAGCUUUUCCAGGUUUCUUUAGGUCUUGUAUCGGAUAUAUUGAUUCCGAGGGAAGCCUUGAUGAGUCUUCAAUCGAUAUUCGCCAUGACUACCUGCUGUCUUCAGAUCGACGAAGUCUUGCUCAUGGAAGCCGCGCGAAUGGCCCAAUGCCUCGGUUACCACAGAGCACUGCGCAACGGGGACCAGCGACUCAAAAACACCUGUCACAGGACCUUCUGGGUGAUAUAUUACCUGGAGAAGCAAAUGUGUUUCCAGCACCAUCAAGGCUCGAUGAUUUCAGACUACAACAUCGGGUGUCCCGUCCCCGACGUCCCAGAAUCCGUCUUCGGAGGAUACAACUGGUUCCUGUCCGCCAUCGGCUUCGGGCGAAUACUCUCACUUGCGUACACGUCUCUCUUCUCGGUGAGCGCUGCAAUUCAAACCACGGAGGCGUACUACGUCGCGAUCGAGGAGAUUGAGGCUCGGUUGGAACGAUGGCGAACGGCAGUACCCGUGGAGUUUCGACCUGGUAUGCCGUUUGAAGUACCGAAUGCGCCUUCUGAUCCUUCCUUCCUCGAACCGAGUUUCAAGAUGGUCGUGCUCCAGACCAGCUUUUCCUACUACGGUUUGGUCAUCGCCUUGGCGAGACUCAAGAUGUAUAUAGGCCGACAAGACCAGUCCCGAACGCAGGGAAAGAGCAAGCGACUGCUGAUGGAUACAGCACGAUCUGUCGUGGAGGCAAGCAAGAACAUCGACAUGGCUGCCCACACGCCGAUUUUGUAA